AUAAUUCUUCUUAAAUUCAGCAUCAUUUAACUAGAAUCGAGUAUAUCAAUUGAUUGGACUUUUUGUACCUAAAAACAUGAGGAUAAUUAAGUAAAUCAGUGUGCAUUAGGGAGUUGAAAGAGAGUUGAAGCAAAGAAAAAUUUACACGCAAGAAGUGAGAAUAAAUUUUUCCUGAUGCAAGGAGUGAGGAGGAAGUUGAGUUUACUAUUAGAGAUUUUAGGACAAUUGAUAAUAUUUUUAAUUGACAUCUAGCUACAAGGAUUCCAUUUAUCCUAAUUAAUUAUAUGAACAUGUUAUUCAUGAGAAUGCGAUUCCAAGAUAUUGCCAAAUUCUCUAGAAUUUUAAAUGAAGGCAUUGAAUAAAAAAUACAACAUCAUGUUGGACCAGGCUCUUCCAUAUCAUUUAAUAUGUUGAGUUAAGCUUUGGUUUUACCAAUUUACCUUUCACAACAAGUUUGGUACACCAACCAUUUUUUAUACUUUGGCUAGAUCGAUGUUGAUGGAACAAUGUGAAGAACCUCGAUGAUUGCAUGAGUUGGUAAUCCAUCUUUUCCCAAUAAUUUGGUUGGUAGACCUACUAUUAUGAUAGGCAUAUGAUACAUACAAAAAGAACAAUAUGAAAAACCUUAACACUAACUUGCCUUGCCUACAUAUAUAAUUCAGAUAUAAAAGAUUAAGAUUAUACUUCAAUCUCUUUUUGACAUAUUAACUUGCUAAUGAUACACAUUGAAAUUGUAAUUAUAAUCAAGUUUCUUCCUUUAUUCUACUUUAACUUUUAUUGUCUUACUUAUCAUUUAAAGAGGGGGAAAAAUUAGCUUAUAAAUUGUUUGUUUUAGAAUAGUAAAGUAGUUUUCGAGUAGAACAUUUAAUUAGUUUCAAAUUCAAAUAGUAAAAUAAACACGAGCAUUUGAUCCAUCCAUUGUCGUAUCAACUGUACCAAAAUUUCAAUAGACACGAGUGUCUUCUUUUUAUAGUUGUUCUCUAAUCACGUUUAGUUGGCAUUUAUUAGAACAUGAAGAGCUAAACCUUUAAAAUGCCUAGUAGCCACCACUUUCAAUGCCAACCUCACUAUCUCCAUUCUCCACCACUCAAGUUAAAAGUCAUUAAUUUAAAGCGCACAGAAUAAUCCCACUAGAAUAAGGUAUUUACUUUGAAGUAACAUGGAGUUUGCUAGAUUCCAAAAACAACGGUAAUAGUGCGUACCUUAAAAAAAUAUAUUAUGCAUUGAUUUUGUCUACCAUUUGAUUUGAGUCAUGUGUAUUUGUCUGUUGCUCCUUAUAUCUUAAAAUUUUAAAAGUAGCUACAUUUUAGUUCAAGCAUUAGGUAACUAACAUGGUUUGCGGAAUCACGAUUCAGAUCAUUUGGAAUUGUCUUUUACGGUGGAAUCCGAGCAGAAUCAUUGAGAUCACUUAGGAUCGGUAAAAUUGGUAUGAUCCUAGUUACAAACGAUCAUAUUCAUUUUUUGACAAAAAAAAAAAAAAAUCCUGAAGCUAAUGAUGGAUGAAUAUGUGAUUGCGGCGGGGAUUGUAGUCGGUAUGGCACUUUACGUCAGCUCACAUGAUCUGUGACUUCUUGUGGCUGCUACGCUGAAGUGACGCCGAGUAUGUACAGCUGAUGCUCUUCUUCAGCGACCGGUGGCUGUUGAACUACUGGUGGUUUGUGAAGGGGACGGAGGUCGUGAUGUUGGUCCUCAUGGCGAUCGUCUGCGUGCUGGCGCAUCACCGGUUCCGUCGGAACCGGCUCAGCCCGACCAACCCCCUUUGGCGGUUCACUAGAUUCAAUGCAUUUUGGUACUCGCACCACCUCUUUGUCGUCGUCUAUGCGCUCUACAUCGUCCAUGGCUCAUGCCUCUACCUCAUUAAGAAAUGGUACAAGAAGAUGGUGCCUGAUGAAGAGUCAACAAACCCCACUAGAUUUUUUCAUCUUCCAAAAUACUCUUAGUAGUGUUAUCAUUUUACUCCGUUUUUGAUAUGAUUGAACGAUUUCACGAUAUGAUCCUACUGAUCCGAUCCAUCGAUCCAAUCCUAUCGAUCCGAUCUUGUGACCCCAAAUUGAUCAUACAUAGGAUCGCGAUCCCCUCAUAGGAUCGCGAUCCAACAUAAGAUCGCGAUCCCGCAUAGGAUCACGAUCCCGCAUAGGAUCACGAUCCUACUUAACUAUGGUAACAAGACAAUAGAAGUAACUUCUUGAGAAGAUAAAUUUUAACAAGACAAUAGAAGUAACUUCUUGAGAAGAUAAAUUUGCAAAUGGAAAAUAACAACUUAACUAAUAAAAAAAAAACUAAUUUAAACGAUAUAGAUAACAUAAAGCGCAUGACUAUUAUAUACUAAAAAACACACAAAAGUAAAGUAGUUUAGUAUACUCUUCCCUAAACGAUCUUUUGUUGCACAUGCUAUAUAUCCCAAACUUAAUUAAUAGCUAUCAACAUUACAAAAGUACGAGAAGACACUUGAUAGUUUGUUAUCUAGAUGCUUCUAAUGUAUUCCUACACAAAAUAUAGGAAACAACCCCUUGAAUGAUCAUGCUCCCAUGUAUAUAUAUAUGUGACCUCGGACCUCAAGAAUUUUAUACAUAUGGUCUCAAAUAAGCUUCUCGUGCAUGAUUUUGUCGAUCGACUAGGUGAUUGGAUUCAAAUUACAUUUGACUUUUGUGAAUCUAAUAUAUACUUUUUUUUUUCUGUGUGUGCCACUCUUCAAACUACACAUGCAUCCCUAAGAAUGGGAUCAGUUAAAUAAACAGAAGUCGGAGUUUUUAAGGAAAUACUUUAUAGGGAAAGCAUGAGUCUUAAUGCCGUUUAGGCAUUGCUCAAAGGUAAUUGAAUGAAGAUAACUAAAUAGUAAACUGUGAAGACAUCAAAGAAAACUACCAGCUAAGUGGAUAAAAAGAAAAACAUGCAAUGGUCCAAUUUGAAAGCCAACUACUGAAGAAGUAAUGGUCCAAAAAGACAGUAAAGGAAUACGUAUAAACACAAUGCAUGGUAACACAUGAGAUAUACAGUAGCUUAUCAGUACUGUAACUCGAGAGGAGAAGUAACAAUUAUCCCAGCCUAAUGGUAACACAUGAGAUAUACAGUAGCUUAUCAGUACUGUAACUCGAGAGGAGAAGUAACAAUUAUCCCAGCCUAAUUUAUGUAGAUAGGCAAGUAUACUUGUUAUGUCAGAAACCACAUCUAAGCAAGUCACAGGCACUGAAAUAAAUGCCAGAUAAAACAUCUCACUUGUUAUACAAUAUCGAGUAGGUUUAAUUUUCUCUUCUUAUAUUCAGUGCAAUUGGCUAUGCAUUUUUUUUCUCUCUUGCUCAUAUGCUAAAAGCUAAGCUGUUCAUGAGCAGCCUCUUCCAUAUUAUGGAGCCUCUUGUUUAAGUGAUCUAGAGUUAAUUGCAAACAGUCUAUUCACUAUAAUCAUUAAUUCACUCCACCUCAGUAAGAAAAAAAAAAUCAUCAUUCACAUAUCUAAACCCUUUUAGCAACCCAUUUAAUGCCUUCACACACACACACACACACAUACACAUAUAUAUUGGCAAUAUAUACCAGCAUUUAUUGUGUAACUUAGAGGGGAAGUCUAUAUAUAUAUAUAUAUAUAUAUAUUGGCAAUAACAGCAUUUAUUGUGUAACUUGAGAGGGGAAGUCUCAAUAAUAAUUAUCAGUGAUGGGAUAAGGCUACCUAAUUCACAUAGAGCCGCAAGUAUACGGAUCCAUGGAUGUCAGAAUCUCUUUCACUCACAUGCAUGGAUCAUUUAUAUAUAUAUUUUUCAUGGAAAUUGUAAUGGCAAUUAAUUUACAGGGUACCAAAAACAGAUUAAGUAAAUCAGAUCAGACAUGUGCCGGGGAUCAUGUCUACUACAGGUGAUGCUGAUGGUGCUGCGCUAAGUAUUAUAAAUAAUACAUGUUAUACUUCACUAUAUUCUUGUUCCUUCACCUAUAUAUAUAUAUAUAUAUGCAUAGUUAUAACUAUAUGUACGUGCGAUAUCUACUUCUCUUCUCUGGGUUACACUUACACAUUAGCCGAUCGACAAAGAUGGGGAGGGCACCCUGCUGUGACAAGGACAGCGUGAAGAAGGGCCACUGGUCUCCUGAGGAAGACAAGCAGCUGAAGGAGUACAUCGAGAAGCAUGGCACUGGUGGUAACUGGAUUGCUCUCCCUCAUAAAGCUGGUCUGAAUAGGUGCGGGAAGAGUUGCAGACUGAGGUGGCUCAACUAUUUGAGGCCCAACAUCAAGCAUGGAUGCUUCUCUGACGACGAAGACAGGAUCAUCACCAACCUCUACGCCAGCAUCGGCAGCAGGUGGUCCAUCAUAGCCAGUCACCUCCCUGGCAGGACUGACAACGACAUCAAGAACUACUGGAACACCAAACUUAAGAAGAAGUUCUCGGGGAUCCUUACGCCGCCGAGGAGGAUUAAGCAUCACCGUCACGAUCGAAUUCAGCUGCAGCUUCAUCAACAACAGUUUACUGACUAUGCCGGUCCCUGCAGCUUUCCGUACGCCGGUCACCCAUUGGAUGCUGCUGCUGCUCCUAACAACUCCUUGAUUAUGGCGUUGCAAGGCCUUGAUGCAGCAUUGCCCUUCUCUGCGUUGCUCGGUGGUGGUGAUGGGUCGCAUCUGCUGCAGGCAGCUGAGCAGCAGCAGCAGUCUUGCGACUUCAUCAAGUUCGGAGGGAACGCCGGCAUGGACUGCAUUGGUAACGCUGCGUAUGCCGAUGCCUACCUGGACGAGGUGGAGCACGGCGCACUGGGCUUAGAGAACUACCUCCACGGCGGCAGCGUCGGCGGUGGCUUGGAGGCCGUCGACCUCUCCGGCAGCCACGACAGCGCCGACGAGCUGGGGUUCAACUUGGAGGAAUACGAAAUGGCUCCGAUGAUCGCGGCGGCAGCAGCAGCCGGCUCCGGCAACCUCUACCUCGACGAGACGAUGCUGAGCGGAUCCUCCAUGUGCUUCUACUGAUCAAGAAACAUCUCCGUGCGAAUUCACGAGGCCGGCGUGCAUGGGACGAUCAAGAGAAAGAAGAAUAUUGUUUACGUGAGCUCGACAUCGCGCAGAGUGGGCCCUCCUCCUGUUUCCUUUUCCGUCGCGUUCAUAUCGAUUCUGACGAAGUGUUAGGUGGGUGAGCCGUUUUGUGGGUGAUUCGGGUGAUUUGCCCGAAACGAUCAAUCAGUGACAUCACUUCUCGCCAUGAAUAUCGUGAAUGCGACCUCCAAUUUAUUCA